UCAGGAGGGGCAUAUCAUUCAACCAUUAGCUCCCCGCUAAUCCCUCCUCUCCGAUGCCGACGUCAGCGCAGCGGCAGCCGCGGAUGGAUGGCGCGGCGCUGCCCUCAGUCUGCGCGCUGCCCGUGCCAGCGACGCACAUGAAGCCGGACUGGGACUGAGCGCAGCUCGGCUGUUUCAUUCCUGAGCUCAUCGAUGAAGCUGGUCCUUCAAUCUAUGUCUGAUUUAAAGGAAACUGGACUCUUUUUACCUGUGCUCAAAGCGCAUCUCUGGUUGUCAACUUAACUGGACUCAAAGCAGGUUUAAAAUGAACGAAGGACAAGAGAGCAACUCCACUCAACUGUACGACAACUGGACGUUUUAUAACUCCACGGUGGAGUUCGUCACUCCCAGGAGGAACAUCACGUAUGUCGGAUACUACCUGCACCAGCCGUCCACCGCCGCCAUCUUCAUCGUGUCCUACCUGCUGAUCUUUCUGGUGUGCAUGGUGGGAAACGGAGUGGUGUGCUUCAUCGUGCUGAGGAGCAGAAACAUGCGGACUGUGACUAAUCUGUUCAUCCUGAACCUCGCUGUGAGCGACCUGCUGGUGGGGAUUUUCUGCAUGCCCACCACUCUUCUUGACAACAUCAUUACAGGUUGGCCGUUUGGAAGCCUGGUCUGCAAAAUGAGCGGCAUGGUUCAGGGGAUUUCAGUCUCCGCCUCCGUCUUCACACUGGUUGCCAUCGCAGUUGACAGGUUCCGAUGCAUCGUCUACCCAUUCAAGCAGAAGCUCACCAUUUCCACGGCGUCGCUGAUCAUCGUGGUAAUCUGGGUCCUGGCCAUAUCCAUCAUGUGUCCGUCCGGUGUGAUGCUGCAGGUGACCAAGGAGCACACCGUCCGCGUCUUACUGGGCUACGACAACCAGACUGGUCCCUUCUACUGGUGCAGGGAGAACUGGCCCAACCAGGAAAUGAGGAAAAUCUACACCACCGUCCUGUUUGCGAACAUCUACCUUGCCCCUCUGUCGCUCAUUGUGAUUAUGUACGCCCGGAUUGGGAUUACGCUCUUCAAAACCGCCGUUCCGACGGGAGGAAAGCCGGGCGCCGACAACCGCCACAGCGUGUCGAAGAAGAAGCAGCGGGUGAUAAAAAUGCUCCUGAUCGUCGCUCUGCUCUUCAUCCUCUCCUGGUUGCCUCUCUGGACCCUCAUGAUGCUGAGCGACUACGCCAGCCUGACGGAGCAGCAGUACAGGAUUAUCAACAUUUACAUCUACCCCUUCGCUCACUGGCUGGCCUUCUUCAACAGCAGCGUCAACCCCAUCAUCUACGGCUUCUUCAACGAGAACUUCCGGCGGGGUUUCCAGGCCGUGUUUAAGAUCAGCCUGUGCGCGGCGGACGGUCAGCGCAGGAAGAGCUACUCACACAGACUGCAGGGCAACUCGGUGCUGCCGGCCAACAACGUGCAGACGACCGUGGAGCCCAUUUCGCUCAACAGCCUGGACAAGAACGCUUCCAGGCGGAUCAACCACGUUCCUGAGCGGGAGCUGGUGAUGGAGGACCUGGAGCAGGGGUCCGGCAGCAGCGGCGGCGUGACCGCCGUGUCCAUCUGAUGACGCGCCUUUUCAUAAUUGUUAUUUAAGGAUGUUUAAAAUUUGAACAUGCUGUGCCUACGUAAAAUAACACAUCCAAAAUGAAUGGGGUUCAAAUGGUGAUUAAUGCCAUGAUUAAUACAGAUAAUAAUCAUGCUUGGUUUUCAGUACAGACUUAAGGUGAAAACAAAAACAUAGAAAACUAGUUUAAAUUAGGGACACCGACCCAUUUACUUCCCACUUCUGAUAUCAAUAUCUGAGGUUUAGUAUUGGCUGAUAUUGAUCUAAUACAGAUAAACGGUUCUGAAUUUACAUUAAACAUUUCUUAAGAUAUAAAUGUACCCAAUGAUAAAUGUAUUUGAUAACUCUGCACCAGUACAGUACACUUAAAUACACCAGUAGCUUCACAAGCUUGGUCAGAUAUGUGAAAACAACAACUUUAAAGGGGCAGUGUUAUGUAAAAUCAAUGUUUUUAAGUCUUAUAUUAUGUUAUAAUGUUCUCUGUUAUAAUUCUUUCAUGCAUGUUUGACGGGAAUGUCAGGAAUGGGACAGGAAGUGAGACACAGCGACAAAGUAAAACAUCCACUUUGGGGGAAAAUACGAGUUAAAAUAAUAAUUUUAAAAAAGCAGAAGAACUCCAGAAAUGGCUUUGUGGUGCUAAACUGUUCACACAGACGUCUGAUCUCCUACCUAGAAAAGCAGCCAGUAAAUAUUCCAUUAGUGUCACUUUUUUGUGGCUUAAACACUUUUAAAUUGUUUUUAUGACUAACUCAUUCAAAAUACUAUAAUAUUCACUCAAGCUGAUUUAUAGUUUCAUGAUGAGAAUCAUAUUUUUGGAAAAACUGAUAAUCUGCUGAUGACCCUGAAACUAAUUUGUCUUUUUCCAUUUUUUAAAAUUCCUCUUGAUGAAGGAAAGACUUCAGCUGACAUUAUUUUAAAGUUUUCAGUUUGAAAUCGGCUCUGCAAACCUGCACAUAAACGUGUAAAUAAUGAAUGAAUGUGGAGAAGAAAAGAUUUACUGUUGUUUUAUUUUUAUAUUUGUGUAAUAAUCCUGCAAAGGGGCCAAAGUGGGGCCCCUGGGGGCCCCUGACCUGUUGUGUUGCUGUAUAUAUAUUCUACAUCCUGCAGAUCCUGAAGCUGUGAGCCGACUGCUGAGAAAAUCCUUCAAAUUAACAGAAUUUAUUUUCUCUGCUUUCAUUUAUAUUUCUGAAAAUGAAAAAUGGGCGCAUAUUAAAUAUCUUUAAUCAACAUGAACAACAAAGAUUCACUCCAUUAGCUGAUUUCAUAAGGAGACAAUCAUAAUGGCCCUCGUGUCAUGUUGUAUUCAUAACUCUGAAAAACUGAAAACAUCCUAAUUAAAAGAUUUAAGACACUCAGAUCAAUCCAAAGAUACAAGAUUAUAUUAACUUUACAACAAAAACACUUUUAUUUUAGGAAAAAUUGUGACAGGAUUAUCCAAACCACAAUUAUCUUAAUAUUUAUUAAUCCAUCAGUUAAUAAGCUUUAUGAAAUUAAAGGUUUAUUUGAAAACUUUGAUCACACACUGCAAAAACAAAUCUUACCAAGUAUUUUUGGCCAAUUAUCUGUUGCAAAUAUCUUGUCAUACUUCAAAUAACACAGAACAAGAAACUUUUUAAGCAGGA